UUGCAUAGUCCAUAUGUGAAUGUGAUAAUAUUAAAUGCAAAAAUAUUUGGCCGUCGAAAGCAAUUAAGGCUCAUAAAAUAUGGCAAGCAACUGACUGCUCAUAUACAUACACACACACAUAUUACGGCGCAUAUGUAUGUGCUUUUGUUUUUGUAAUGGCUUGUAUUUAAGGCUCGAGUACUUCGUCGUUUUAGUUCGGCUGUCAAAAUGUUGUGCGUGUGUUGAACGAUGCGUUGGAGCUUUUGCCACAGCCGAGCAAGGACUCUUUAGAGUGUGAAUUGAGCGGCUCAUGAGGUUGUUUGUAAAGAAAAGAGAGCGCGUAGUGUGCCUUUGUGUGUGUGUAGGUGAAGUUUUCGACAUAUACACAACGGUAAAUUGCAAUCAUUCAUGGCGACCGUUCAGUCAGUGCGCUAAUAGACACCAACCAAAUGGCCAGAUUUGACAACGACCAAUUCACACAUUCGAGUUGUUGAAAAAUAUAGAAACAGCAGACACCAGAAACGGUUAGACAAUUAGCUGGUGUAUACGGCAUGCGAGAGUGUGUGUGUUUAUGUAUUUUUUGGAGUAUUUCUACGCUUUUUAAACGACGUUGCGAAAAAAAAACUUAUGCAACUGUCGAGUCCGCCGGAAAUAUAAAUUCGUCCAAUAAGAAAACUAAACUAAAUAAAGUGAAAUAAAAUUAAACAAUUAACGCCCAUAAAGUGACUGAUAUUUCGUUCCUUUCACCGUAUUUUAGCAGUUUAAUUUCAUUUUAAAUUGUCUCUGUAUGCAUGUAAGUCAAGCACGGGGACGCUUUUUUCAUGUCAAUUGCCUGUUUCACAUUUUACAUGCAGACGCGCACAGUCACAGGAAAGAAAAUAGCAAAAUUGUCAUUGGGAAUGGGCGUCGAAAUGUGAAAUGAUUAAUUUAAGGCUCAAAAAAGCCAACGAAUGCUAUAACCGAAACCACAACAACAACAAUAACAAUAACAAAAGCAACGCCAAGCACAGCUGCAGUAGUCGAAACAAGAGUAGCAGUAGCAACAGCAGCUCAAAGCAACAACAAAUCCAACGUCGUUGUCAUUGUCACUGUCGCUGUCAUCGUCACUGCCGUCGUCGCAGUCACAGCUGUAGUCAUCGUCGUCGUCGUAGUAGUGUUGGCCCAAGUGCUGGUGGAGAACUGUUGAAUACGGCCAAUGACGUCGCCAGCUGCACAUAAAAUCAAUUGAAAUCACAUAUACGCGCGCACACAUAGGGCCUUGUCGGCCAGGCAUAGACGGGUGGAAAGAAGCCAGUCACACAACUGUUAAGGACGUCCAGCGCAGGCGGGGAAGCUGCAAGUGAAACGCCCAGCAAGUCAAGCAGGAUAUUGCAAGAGCGUACCUAUAUAAUAGCAAAGGCAGUGCUGCAGACCACAGAAGCAGUUGAGUAGGUGGCAGUGAUAAAAUAGCGCAAAGCAGCCGUAGGUGCAGCGGGGCGCAGCGCAGUAUUCGUGUUCGCGUAACAGCAGUGAAAGCUAUUCGAAAGUGUAGGAAAAGUCGUAAAAAUACCAACGUGAAAAUAGCGCAAAAGCUGGUGACUUGCUGUGAGACCCGCACGCAACAGCGCGCACCACUCCCGCGGAGAGGUUUGUGGUGGCAACUCGCGAAGCGCAAGAACAAAGCAUAACAACAGCAAAAACAAGGCGGAGGUGGAGGCAGUGCCAGCCGUGGUAACUGCAGCAGCCACAGCGCGAUAAAGCAAUAAAAGCACAUUCCGACAGGCCACAAGCGCAACAAUGAAGCCAUCGGAUUUGCUGCAAUUAACGGAAAGGAUCAAAUUUAAGAUUCCUUUACCGCCCGGUGUCACAACAACAACUCUAAUACCAAAGCUAAUACGCACCAAAGAUGUGAAGCAGCUGCAGGAUGGCAGUGCGCAGCCAACAAUGCCCAAAUUAACGAAAUGCCUCAACACAUUGGACUUAACAUCGCUGGGCGUUGGCUCAUGUUGCGGCACUGGUAUGUACCUGGUUGCGGGUAUGGUGGCGAAAAAUCUCGCCGGACCCGGUGUGAUCAUUAGUUUUAUCAUUGCAGCGGUGGCAAGCAUUUUUUCCGGUGCCUGCUAUGCCGAGUUCGGCGUACGCGUGCCACACACUUCCGGUUCAGCUUAUAUGUACUCAUAUGUAGCGGUGGGCGAGUUUGUAGCGUUCAUCAUUGGCUGGAACAUGAUAUUGGAAUAUUUAAUAGGAACAAGUGCCUGUGCGUGUGCUUUAAGUUCGAGUUUCGAUUCGCUAACCGGCGGCGCAAUAGCGAACGGAAUCGGCGAUACAGUCGGCACCAUAUUCGGUAAGCCACCCGAUUUUAUAGCAUUCGGCAUAGCGUUGAUUAUGACCUGCGUAUUGGCGAUGGGGGCGAGUAAAUCGGUGAUAUUCAAUCAUACAUUGAAUGCCAUAAAUCUCGCGACAUGGGUAUUCGUGAUGGCAGCCGGUUUAUUUUAUGUUGACACCAGCACUUGGACGGAGCAUCAAGGCUUCUUGCCAUAUGGCUGGAGUGGUGUGUUCUCGGGUGCUGCGACCUGCUUUUAUGCUUUCAUCGGUUUCGAUAUUAUAGCCACCACCGGUGAGGAGGCGCACAACCCGCAGAAGAGCAUACCGAAAGCUAUUGUUGGCUCACUAGUGAUCGUUCUGUUUGCGUAUGUGAGCGUUAGUUUAGUCUUAACACUAGUUGUGCCCUACGACCACAUUAGCGCCGGCGCGGCGUUGGUGCAAAUGUGGUCUUACGUGGGCGCACCGAAAUGUCGCGCCAUUGUCGCUGUGGGCGCCACCGCUGGGCUAUCCGUGGCAAUGUUCGGCUCCAUGUUUCCAAUGCCACGCGUGAUUUAUGCAAUGGCGCAAGAUGGGCUCAUAUUCAGGCAACUCUCACAACUGUGGCAACGCACGAAUGUGCCGGGUUUGGCGACCAUUGGUAGCGGUAUUGCAGCUGCGCUAGUUGCGCUCACGGUGCGUUUGGAGAUACUCGUUGAAAUGAUGUCCAUCGGCACACUGCUCGCCUACACGCUGGUCUCCACCUGCGUGCUGGUGUUGCGCUACCAACCGCACAGCACGUCGCUGGUUGAGCUGCUGCCGGCACAGCUGCGCACACCGCUGGCGCCGGGCACGGCAACGGAUCCGAGCGCUACCACCGCCGAAGUGUUGCCGUCGAACAAAUUAACAAUAAAACGCGUUACGCGUGGCAUGUCCGAUUCGGAUGACUCGUUCAUCGAUGAGAGUCCAGAGGGCUACCUAGGACGCGAUGAUCAAUUUCUCGUGUCCGAUCGUUCGGAGAACAAAUUCUAUGGUAGUGUGCAUGGCGCGCCAACUGGACCGACCGGCCAAGCAACCGCCUUCGAUACAAUGGGUCUAAAUUUCGUAUCGCGCAAAAUACACGAUUAUGCGUACCUAUGUCCCGGCUUCUUUCCAUGGAUCAAUCCCGGCCAAGCCACAGCGGAAAGUGGCAUGUAUGUCACGAAACUUGUUGGAAUCAUGUUCGGUCUCAUAUUCUUCUUGGAUCUGUUUGCGGCCAUUGGCUGGUCCGGUGGCUUCGCCGCAUUCAUUUAUUUCAUUUUGUUCAUUGGCAUAUUUGUGAUACUAUUAAUUAUAUCAAGACAACCACAAAAUAGAUAUGCGCUCGCAUUCCUAACGCCGGGACUUCCAUUUAUUCCAACAAUUGCCAUAACCGUUAAUAUUUAUUUAAUAUUUAAAUUAAGCAUACUCACCUUAGUUAGAUUCACCAUCUGGAUGACUCUGGGCUUCAUCAUGUACUUCUACUAUGGCAUAACGCAUAGCACACUCGAACAGACGACUGAUGAGAUAGAACUGCAUGUCGAUAAGGACUAUAGUAAAAAUGUUGAGGAGAAGGCCGUGUGGGAUCAGCCAACGUAUAUGAAUCAAAGCAAUGAGCCUGUUUGGGCUACAAAGGAUACACGGGCAAAACAGACCACAGCAACUACAAAACGCUCCAACACAAAUUAUUCCAAAGCAACUGAAAGCAAUUCUUCAAAACAACCACAAACAAAAAAUUCCACUAGUACAAGAAAUACAACAGCGAAUUCCACAACAGCAACAACAGGCAGCGAUGGCAAAUUCACCAUGUUCAUCGAUGAGACGCAAUUCCCCACGUGGGAUGAUUAAAAGUAGCAGGCAAAAGUAAAAACUAAAUGUAUUUAAUUAGAAAUAUUCCAACUAAACGAAAAUUAAAAUAAUUAACAAAAGUUCGAAAGAUUUAUGAAGGAGAAAAAUGCACUAGGUCUGUAUUAUACACGCGUAAACAAUAAGAAUGAGUUAAAAAAAAAUACUAAAAGUAAAAAAAUUUAGUAAAAAGUUAUUAAUACUUGAAAAUUGUUAUGAUAUUAAAGAAAUUAGUAAAAACUAAAUGAAAACAAAUAUAUGCAAUGAGUGCGAUUUCAGUUUUCGAUUGUGAACAAAAAAAAACAAUUUUUGUGAUUCCUUUUUCGAGUUCUUAACGCAGGAACUUUAAGUUACAUAAAUGUAUAUAGCGUCAAGUAAUUUACAAUAACAAAAAAUUUAAAAUUAUAUUA